AUGGCAGGAGGAGGAGGAGGCGGCGGCGGAGGGGCAGGAGGCGUUGGCGGCGGCGGCGGCGGGGGGGGUCUGCUGGCGUGGUUCUGGAACGAGCGGUUCUGGCUGCCCCACAACGUCACCUGGGCGGACCUGAAGAGCACCGAGGAGGCCGCCUUCCCUCAGGUGGAGGACCUCUACCUCGCCUUCCCCCUCGCCCUCGCCCUCUUCAUGCUCCGCAUGGGCUUCGAGAGCAUCCAGAUGAGAAGAGGCUUGGGGCUAUCCAAACAGCUUGGACUGGGAUGUUCGCAAUAUUCAGCGUUGGUUCGACAAGAGACGCAAUCAAGAAAGCCAAGCACUCUUCGAAGGUUCUGCGAGAGCUCGUGGAGAUUUACAUUUUAUCUUUAUAUAUUCACUUAUGGAUCCCGACUCUUGAAAAAGAGUCCAUGGCUGUGGAACACAAGGCAGUGCUGGAUUGGGUACCCUUCUCAGCCACUGAUGCCUGAGAUUCAUUACUACUACAUAGUUGAACUAUCAUACUAUUGGUCCGUAAUGUUUUCUCAAUUCAUUGACAUCAAAAGAAAGGACUUUGGCAUCAUGUUUACACAUCACAUUGUAACAGUCAUUUUGCUCACAAUCUCCUACACAGUCAAUUUCACACGGGUGGGGACCUUGACUAUUUGUCUUCAUGAUGCAGUUGAUGUUGUGCUGGAGGCAGCAAAAAUGGCAAACUACUGCAAGUUUCAAAGACUGUGUGAUUUCCUCUUCCUCAUGUUUGCUAUUAUUUUCAUUAUUACAAGGCUUGGAAUAUAUCCUUUGUGGAUAUUGAACACAACAAUGUUUGAACUUCCCGAAAUUGUUGGUGGCUUCCCUGCCUUGUCGAUUUUCAUAAUUUUACUUCUGAUACUUCAAGUUCUCCACUGUUUUUGGUCCUAUCUAAUAGUAAAGGCUGCUUAUAAAGCUAUUUCAAAAGGCAAGGCUGGGAAGUGGAAUCCCUUGCAUGCGAGGGAUGAUCGCAGUGACGUUGAGUCUAGUUCAGAUGAAGAGCCUUCAGCCCCUCAUUCAAAGAACUCCCAUAAUUCCACCACCACCAAUGGGACAAGUGGAACAAAUGGAACGAACGGGUACCUCAUCAGUGGCAGUUCUGCAGAGGAACACUAGUUCCUGGGUUACACACUGAGACACGAACAAAAUGAACUGUUUGCGACUGGAAGUAAUUAAGUUGUGAAUGCUGGGUUUUGAUUUUUUUCCCCACCGUUUUCUUCCUUUCCUCCUCUUUUUUCUCAAAAUCAGAGAAAAAUACACACACUUGGAAUAUUUAAAAGCUUCUGAUAGCGCAUUGCCGUAUUUCCUGUUUGUGAUGACAGAGCCACACCAUUUUAUGUAUGUAGGCAUGCUGUAUGUAUAUAGACAUGACUAGAUGGGAGCAGUAUUUUCUUCUGUAGUCCUUGGACAUUAUUUAUUUUAUAUCUUGUUGGCGGGGGGUGACUUGGCAGACUGAAAAGAACUUCUUCUAGGGUCUCUUUUGGACUUCAUCAGGGCCAACCAAAGACUGCCAAGUGAAAGGUAUGUCUCUUUUCUGUACUUGGUUUCUACCACCAGAAUGUGAUAUUGUGGGCACCUGCUUGAUUCCUCUUACAACAAAAUUAGAAAAGUUCACCUUCCAUUCUAAGUUUCGUUUUGCUUUGUGUUUUGCUGGACCUCUUUCUUUCUUUCUUUCUUUCUUUCUUUCUUUCUUUCUUGUUUUUUUUUUUUUUUUUUUGGCUGAAGGAUGCUGACUUUAGAAAUUGCCAGUACAAUCACAGUGAUCACUUUUCCCCACAGUGUAAAAUCUUAAAAUGGUGCAUUCAUUCUUUUAAUUUGCUACUAGUGGGGUCAAAUUGAUUAUACAAAUUAAACACAGUUACUGUAAAAUAGGAUGUUAGCAUUGUUUAAACUCCAAAAUUGAUGGCAAGUAAAAUUGGAAUUCAUUGUUUGUACAAAUUCCCGAACUAUGUUGACAUCAAGCAUGAUGACCUCAACUUGUGGGCGGGUCCUGCCUUGCAGAUUUAACCUCAAUUUGAUUUAAACUUUUUGUGUUAGGUUUCAUGCUGAUGCCUUUUCUUUUUAAGUUUCAGGGAAAAAUCAUAAGUUUACUUGUCCCCAUAGUCAUAUAGGGAAAAUUUGAUAUUAGGAGAACCAGAACAAGUGUUGAAAAAAACCACCAGGUGUUGAAAAUAAUUGCUCACUAGAAAUAGGAUAUCUCAGGAAAAAAAACCUGGGGAGACUGGAAUGUUUGAAAUGUGGUUUUCUCACUGUGACAAGUCAUUGUGUUCAAACCUGUAUCACUCUAGACUUAAAUCUGGGGGCUUAGUUGAUUCAAUAGUGUGCCAUAUAAAAAAUAUUACAUGUACAUGGUCAGGAUGUUCUAGCUUAGGACCUUGCCCUGACAUGUUAGUUUAUAUCCAGGACCGUUUUUGUAUCAUGUGUGCCCUCCCCACACAUGAAGGUGGUGGAGUACAAACUCACACUUAUUACCUCGUAUGGAAUUUGUGAGAAUUAGGCCACUUUCUAGUGCUUGAGGGGCCUGAGAUGCAUGCAAAUACUUUCUUGAUUCACUAAGAGCAAAAACUUAGGCCUGUUACAGACUGCCAAAAUAAAGCUGCUUCGGGUCUCUUUGGAGGUAUGC